AGAGUCGCCGCUGGACUCCAGCGCCGUCGUCAUGGGCAGCCCAGAGGGGCGCUUCCAUUUUGCCAUUGACCGAGGAGGCACCUUCACAGACGUCUUUGCUCAGUGCCCAGGGGGGCACGUGAGGGUCUUGAAGCUGCUCUCAGAGGACCCUGCCAACUACGCAGACGCACCCACAGAGGGCAUUCGCCGCAUCCUGGAGCAGGAGAGAGGUGUGGUGCUGCCUCGGGACCGGCCGCUGGACACCAGUUGCAUUGCCAGCAUCCGCAUGGGCACCACAGUGGCCACCAAUGCGCUGCUGGAGCGGCGAGGGGAGCGGGUGGCACUGCUGGUGACACGUGGCUUCCGGGACCUGCUGCAUGUGGGCACCCAGGCCCGUGAGGACCUCUUUGACCUGGCAGUGCCCAUGCCCGAGGUACUGUACGAAGAGGUGCUGGAGGUUGAUGAGCGGGUGGUGCUGCAUCGCGGAGAGCCAGGCACCAGGACACCUGUCAGAGGCUGCACGGGGGACCUGCUGGAGGUGCAGCAGCCUGUGGACCUUGGGGGCCUGCGCAGCAAGCUUCAGGGGCUCCUGUCCCGAGGCAUCCGCAGCCUGGCAGUGGUGCUCAUGCACUCCUACACGUGGGCCCAGCACGAGCAGCAGGUGGGCGCACUGGCCCGGGAGCUGGGCUUCACACAUGUGUCGCUGUCCUCGGAGACUAUGCCUAUGGCACGCAUUGUCCCUCGGGGACACACAGCUUGCGCCGACGCCUACCUCACACCUGCUAUCCAGCGCUAUGUGCAAGGCUUCCGCCGUGGCUUCCAGGGCCAGCUCAAGGAUGUGCAGGUGCUGUUCAUGCGCUCCGAUGGCGGCCUGGCACCCGUGGACUCCUUCAGUGGCUCCCGUGCUGUGCUCUCGGGCCCUGCUGGGGGUGUGGUUGGCUACUCAGCCACCACCUACAGGGCGGAGGGCAGUCAGCCUGUCAUCGGCUUUGACAUGGGAGGCACGUCCACCGACGUGAGCCGCUAUGCUGGGGAACUUGAACAUGUCUUUGAGGCCAGUACAGCAGGUGUCACCCUCCAGGCCCCCCAGCUGGACAUCAACACAGUGGCUGCUGGUGGGGGCUCCUGCCUCUUCUUCAGGUCGGGCCUCUUCGUGGUGGGGCCCCAGUCCGCAGGAGCCCAUCCUGGGCCCGCCUGCUACCGCAAAGGAGGCCCCUUGACAGUGACGGAUGCUAAUCUGGUCCUGGGUCGCCUUCUGCCUGCUUCCUUCCCCUGCAUUUUUGGGCCGGGAGAGGACCAGCCGCUGUCCCCUGAGGCCUCCCGAAAGGCCCUGGAGGUGGUGGCCACUGAGGUCAACAGCUUCCUAACCAGUGGGCCCUGCCUGGCCUCCCCGCUGAGCCUGGAGGAGGUGGCCAUGGGAUUCGUGCGUGUGGCCAAUGAGGCCAUGUGCCGGCCCAUCCGCGCACUCACACAGGCACGAGGCCAUGACCCUUCGGCCCAUGUGCUGGCUUGCUUUGGGGGAGCUGGUGGGCAGCACGCUUGCGCCAUUGCCCGGGCCCUGGGCAUGGACACUGUGCACAUCCACAGGCACAGUGGGCUACUGUCAGCGCUGGGGCUGGCCCUGGCUGACGUGGUACAUGAGGCGCAGGAGCCCUGCUCCUUGCUCUAUGCGCCUGAGACCUUUGUGCAGCUGGACCGGAGGCUGACCCGCCUGGAGGAGCGGUGUUUGGAUGCCCUGCAGGCCCAGGGCUUCCCAAGGUACCAGAUCAGCACGGAGGGCUUCCUGCAUCUGCGCUACCAGGGCACAGACUGCGCCCUGAUGGUGUCUGCCCAGCAGCACCCAGCCACCACAUGCUCACCCCGUGCCGGUGACUUUGGGGCAGCCUUCGUGGAAAAAUACAUGAGGGAGUUUGGCUUCGUCAUCCCCCAGCGGCCAGUGGUGGUGGACGACGUGCGGGUGAGGGGCAUUGGCUGCAGUGGCCUUCACCUUGAGGAUGUCCCCAGAGCCCAGACUGGGCCUCCCCGGGUAGACAAGGUGACCCAGUGCUACUUUGAGGGGGGCUACCAGGAGACCCCUGUGUACCUGUUGGGAGAGCUGGGCUGCGGGCACAAGCUUCAGGGACCCUGCCUCAUUAUCGACAGCAACAGCACCAUCCUGGUGGAGCCAGGAUGCCAGGCAGAGGUGACUGAGACUGGGGACAUCCGCAUCUCUGUGGGGGCUGAGACCCGCAGCAUAGUGGGCGCCCAGCUUGACCCCGUCCACCUGUCCAUCUUCUCGCAUCGCUUCAUGAGCAUUGCUGAGCAGAUGGGCCGCAUCCUACAACGCACAGCCAUCUCCACCAACAUCAAGGAACGCCUGGACUUCUCCUGUGCCCUCUUUGGGCCUGACGGGGGGCUGGUCUCCAAUGCCCCCCACAUCCCUGUGCACCUUGGCGCCAUGCAGGAGACCGUGCAGUUCCAGAUCCAGCACUUGGGGGCUGACCUCCACCCCGGCGAUGUGCUGCUAAGCAACCACCCCAGUGCAGGGGGCAGCCAUCUGCCAGACCUGACUGUCAUCACUCCGGUGUUUUGGCCGGGUCAGACACGGCCUGUGUUCUAUGUGGCCAGCCGUGGGCACCAUGCUGACAUUGGAGGCAUCACACCAGGCUCCAUGCCCCCACACUCCACCUCCCUGCAGCAGGAGGGCGCUGUCUUUCUGUCCUUCAAACUUGUCCAGGGUGGUGUCUUCCAGGAGGAGGCGUUAACUGAGGCCCUUCGGGCACCAGGCAAGAUUCCCGGCUGCAGCGGGACACGGAAUCUGCAUGACAACCUGUCAGACCUACGUGCCCAAGUGGCAGCCAACCAGAAAGGCAUCCAGCUGGUGGGAGAGCUCAUCGGGCAGUAUGGUCUGGAUGUGGUGCAGGCCUACAUGGGCCAUAUUCAGGCAAAUGCUGAGCUGGCCGUGCGGGACAUGCUGCGAGCCUUCGGGACCUCCCGGCAGGUGCGGGGACUGCCCCUGGAAGUGGCUGCAGAGGACCACAUGGACGAUGGCUCCCCAAUCCAGCUCUGUGUGCAAAUCAACCUGAGUCAGGGCAGCGCAGUGUUUGACUUCAGCGGCACCGGGCCUGAGGUAUUUGGCAAUCUCAACGCACCGCGGGCCAUCACGCUGUCCGCCCUCAUCUACUGCCUGCGUUGUCUGGUGGGCCAAGACAUCCCACUCAACCAGGGCUGCCUGGCGCCAGUGCGCGUUGUGAUUCCCAGAGGCUCCAUUCUGGACCCGUCUCCUGAGGCGGCCGUGGUGGGUGGCAACGUGCUCACAUCGCAGCGUGUGGUGGACGUCAUCCUGAGGGCCUUCGAGGCCUGCGCGGCCUCCCAGGGCUGCAUGAACAACGUGACCCUGGGCAACGCCCACAUGGGCUAUUAUGAGACGGUGGCGGGCGGCGCGGGCGCGGGCCCGGGUUGGCAGGGGCGCAGCGGCGUGCACACCCACAUGACCAACACGCGCAUCACCGACCCUGAGAUCCUGGAGAGCAGGUAUCCCGUCAUCCUGCGCCGCUUCGAGCUGCGGCCGGGGUCCGGGGGUCGGGGCCGGUUCCGGGGCGGCGACGGCGUCAUCCGCGAGCUGCUCUUCCGAGAGGAGGCGCUGCUGUCUGUGCUGACAGAGCGCCGUGCCUUCCGGCCGUACGGCCUCCACGGGGGCGAGCCUGGCGCCUGCGGCCUAAACCUGCUGAUCCGCAAGGACGGCCGGAUGGUGAAUCUGGGCGGGAAGACGUCCGUUCCCGUGUUCCCCGGGGACGUGUUUCGCCUCCACACCCCGGGCGGCGGCGGCUACGGGGACCCGGAGGACCCCGCCCCUCCGCGGCGGUGGGCUCGGCCGCCCGCGGCCUUCCCCGAGCGCGGCAGUGUCUCCGAGUACCGCAGGGCGCAGGAGGCCGUGUGAGGGAGGGAGGGAGGCCCACGCAAUAAAGCUCCCCGGGCGCCCGG